ACUUUCAACAUUUCUGCAAAGCUAGAGAAGGUAUCUUCUAAUUUAAGUUUAUUUAAGAAUUGUCUAUUGUGUAAUAUACUAUCAACAGGAGGUCAAUUUUAAAGGAAUGCUACUGAUAGCCUGAAAGACUGUGGAAAAGAAAUUCUUUUUCCCCCUUACACACUGAUAGUUCUUAUAUUUUCAUUCCUGCAAUUCUUAUAUAUUUAUAUAUAAACAAUCAUUGGAUUAGCAGCAAGAGAGUUGAAAAUGGCAGAAGUUGGGAAUGACUGCUAUUUCUUUUUUAAUUCCACAUGCAUAAAGGGUUCCCAGUGCCGAUUUCGACACUGUGAAGAAGCCCUUGGCAGUGACACUGUGUGCUCAUUAUGGAGAGAGAGAAAAUGUUUAGAUCCACUUUGCAGAUUUAGACACAUGGAAAUGCAGCAAAAUUGCAGCAUUUCAUGUUUUUGGGAAACUCAGCCUCUUGGUUGUGUGAAGAUCAGUUGUAUCUUUUAUCACAGCAAACCUCGAAAUAUCAAUGGAUUAUUUUUGCCACCAAGUAGCAAUACCACACUACAGAAAGAAAGUCAGGAAGGAAUUCCACCCGUGAACCACAGUCAGGAACCUCUGAAACCUCAGGAUAACAUAACACGACCCAUUCAUCAUCCUUUAGUUUUAAAAACUAACUUUGAGGAUGAAGAGGAGGAAGGAGAGGAACAAAAUGAUGCUUCUAGUUUAUGGACAAAGACUCCUGAAGAAAUUGAAGAAAAAAGAGCAAUAAAGGAGAUGUGUUAUAAAUCUGGUGAAUACUAUAGAUUUCAUACUCCUCCAGAUAUUUCAUCAUCAAAAAGCAUAGCUCCUACAGUGGGAAAAGAGCUAGAAAAACCUUUGGAAAAUGGCAGUGGAUUGCAGGAAGGGGAUGGUCUUACAGUUCCAACAAAAUUUAGCCUAUUUGAAAGGCAAGGUGAGAUCAAAACAUCAUUGGAUAGGAAACCAAGGACUGACAUUGCUACUCUAGAAAAUGGAGGAGGUGACUGUUAUGUUCCACAAAGGAUCAUAUUUCUUGGAGUAGAUGAAAGUGAAGCUUUAAGUGAAGAGAAGGAAAUCACCACACCAAAAUGUUCAAAUAAUAAAGUGAAUGAUGUCCAGCCAGUGAGGAAGCCUCAUUUUAAAGGUGUGAAAAAAAGAAAAUGGAUUUAUGAUGAACCAAAGAACUUUCCUGGCUCUGGAAUGCRGAGAGCUGUACAGGUCCCAAAUCCCAAAAAUAAAAUGAGUUACCAUCAUAAUAAUAAAAACCGAAAUGCUGAGAAUUCAGCUUAUAUCCACGUGCAAAGAGAUGCUGUCAGGACUGUCCCACUGAAUGCACCGCCCCGCAGCAGACCCCCGAAUGGAUCCUACCAUAAASCUGAUGUUAACAAGGAACCCAAACUCAACCUCUGUUCAGGUGAGGCUCUUGACUGAUGUGGUUUACUGUGUCUGUGAUUGCAUUCCCAUGGAAUUUCCUGAUGGAUUGGCUAAUCCUCACUACUAUACCCCAUCCCCCUCUUCUUUUUCUGGGUUGUCAUCAUAACAUGUGAAGGAGAGGGAGGAUUUCUUCCCUGUGCAGUGAUGCACAUGAUUUAAAGGCUAUGGAAGAAAACUCACKUUGGGUGCAGAUGACUUGACAUGGUACCUCCCUGGAGUUAUGCCUCAGAACACUGUACUUUGUUCCCCCCGGACAGCUUCAUUUCACCAGGGGGGAUUGUUUUUUAAUGGUUGACAUUUUCUUGUUCCACUAACUGCAUUGUUCAGUUAUCACUGUCAGGCUAUUCUUUAGGCCUUCAUGAUUACUUUCUGAAAGGGUUACUUUGGGGGUUAACUGCAAUAUUGUUGACAACCUCUCAUCUCUCCCACCAUGCACAGAUUGCUUCUAAAUCAUUUCAUCAUGUAAUAGGCAAAGUCAUAGUGUAUGUCAGGAAGAACAAGGCCACAGGGGAUAGAGAACCAAAUCUGUCUCAGAGGAAUUUUGCUGUUUUGAAGUUGGGUUUCAUUUAUCUCAAUCUAACAAAAAAUGCCACUUAAMAUUCUUUAAUUUCAUGUUUCUGUCUUUCCAUGUUCACAGUGUCGUUGGUGAAGUUUCAAAUGUUAUAUACUUUCGAAAAUCUUAGACU